UCCAGAUGGAAAUUAAAGAAGCAGACAACCUCUCACAGCUUACUCUAUUUUUUAACAAGCUAAGAAAGGAGCUAGAUUUUAAAGAAGAAUUAUUGAAGAUUAAGUACAAAAGUAUGGUGAACUCUUAUGAAACUUCACUUCGCAUGGACUUGGGGUUCCUUGAAAAGAAAUGCAAGCACUUAUGAGAAGUUAUAGACUCUUACUCUCAGGAAUUCAAAACUCCUACUAAGACUGAGCCCAACCUUUCAGAAGCUUUCAUGAAUGAUUACAACUUAGAGUUAAUUUUAUUGAAAGAAAAAGCAGGGACUUAUAAAUUGCUCAACAAAGAAUUCACUAUCCAAGCUGAGACUUCCUUACAGUGUCCAAAUGUAGAGUGCGAUUUCAGAAAAGUGAAAAGUUUCAUUGAUGAGAUUAAUGUGAUUUCUCAUUCAACAUCUGAGAUUCCUGAUUUAGAAAGGGAUACCUUGGAUAGCUUAAAUAAGGAAGAAAAUAGUAGCAAAGGAUCAGAUGCUGGCCACAAAACCCAUUGUAGUGUCAGAAUUAAAGUAGGGAUGCUAGAGGAAAAUGAAAAUUCAGAAAUUUCUUCAGAGAUUGGAAAUAGAAGCGUGGAUAUUACUCCAAGUCAGAGAAAACAUUAGU